UGACUUUGAUGAAGGGCAAAGCUUUCUUUGCAAAACGUUGCAUUUCUUGACGGCUUCUCAUCUGCUGCACUACUCCAACAGUAGUAGCUUUGAGGUUCUUCUCUGCAUCCUCACUUCCUGGUGGAGCUUCUCAGCCAAUUGUGUCAUGGCUAGAACUAGAAGUGGUGGUUCCCGAAUGAAGAAACCCUGCAAGUGUUGCAGAAGAUACCUGGACCAUUUGGAGGGGAAGAAUCAACCUAUGAGCUAUUUCUUCAGGCGUGUGGAUGCUAAUUCUAGACAUAGAAUGAUCAUACCAAACAGGUUUGUGAAGCGUUUUGCAGGAAAGUUGUCAAGAAUAAUCAACUUGGAAUCCCCUAAUGGCGGGCUGUAUGAUGUUGAAGUCAAAGAGCGCUAUAAUAAGACGGUGCUUCAGCGUGGAUGGGAGGCAUUUGUUGAUGCCAAUCGCGUCCAAGAGAAUGACUUCCUGCUCUUUCAUCAUAUUGAGAAAUCUCGGUUUGAGGUUCUGAUCCUUGGUUCUGAUGGUUGUGAGAAAGUUUUUCCUUGUGCUGGCGUCAGAAACACACCAAGUAUUCAAGAACGGAGUUUGGAUUCAGUUGACAUUUCAAGCAGCUCUUGCCAUGAAACCACAGAAUCAUCUGAAAGUGAAAGAUUUGCGAGGUGUGGGAGGAGUAGCUCCAGUCACCGUCGGAGAAUGGCUGCAACAUCCUCGUCCUUUGAGGAGUCAGGAGAAGACACUCCUUCUAGAAACAAAUCUUUUGAGUCUGGUGAUGAUCUUCAGACACCCCCCAGGGAUGGUUAUGUUUUAUCAUGUAGAAGGUAUCUAUCUGAAGCACAAAAGGGGAAAGUAAUUGCACUUAUCCAAAAAAUCAAACCUGAAGUCACUGUUUUUGUAUCAAUCAUGCGGAAGAGCAAUGUCCAAACCUCGGGCGCCUACUUGGUUAUUUCUAAGGAAUAUGCAUUGGCACAUUUUCCACACGAAACCACAUUUCUCACACUUCAGAGGCCAGGCAAAAGCAAGAAGUGGCAUCCCAGAUUCUACAUAAGAAACGACAGAAGAGUGUACAUGCUUAGAGGGCAGUGGUUAGACUUUGUGCGUGACAAUCAUGUGCAGGAAGGGGAUAUAUGCCUCCUCCUACCAGCAAAGAGUGGGAGAAAGUUCAUGUUGACGGUCUAUCUACUUCGUGCAACAGACACUUGUCCAAGGGGUGGAAGCGGAACUGUUGGCUUCCCAAGGGUUGGCCCAUUCCAUGAUAGAUCAAGUGCGGAGAUGACUUCUGUAGUUCAUAUUAAGGAGGAGUCGACAGAUGGAGAACAUGUUUCCUCUGAGAGUAGCAUGAAAGAAGUUUCUGAUGGAUCCCUGAACAGCAAUGACUCUGGAGGUCCUUCUGAGGAGUUGACAGAUGGAGAACAUGUUUCCUCGGAGAGUAGCAUGAAAGAAUUUUCUGAGGCUUCCCUGAACAGCAAUGACUCUGGAGGUCCUUCUGACCCUCCCUACAUUCUACCAGCCAUGAGCUGCCUAUCUAAAUCUCAAAAGAAGAUCGUUGAAGCGAAAGUGCGAGCCAUCCAAUCCGAAGUUCCCAUCUACGUAGUAAUAAUGAAGAGGACCAGCGUUGAUGUCACUCAUAAUAAGAUGCUAGAAUUUGGUACACAGUACGCCGCUGCACAUCUUCCGGUUAGAGAGCAAACCAUGGUGCUCCAGUGCAACGCGAAGAUAUGGAAUACGAAAAUGGAGAUUCGUAAUGGCCACAGGUUGUUUCUGAGGGUAGGUUGGCCCGAAUUUGUUCGUGAUAACAGUCUGCGAGUUGGUGACAUCUGUCUCUUUGAACUGAAGAAGAAUGAGAGAGAGCUUACCAUGGAGGUCCAAAUUAUCUCCAGGGAGCAGUUUUAGCUUGAAUUGAAGUAGAAGGAAAUGGCGCCCCUGUUAUUUCUGUUGGCUAUUUUGCUUGUUUUGUACUCUGAAAUUAACCGUGCCGGAAGAGGUCAGAAUUCAGUUUGUCUGCCUAAUUCUCUGAUGGCCAUCCUGAGACUUAGGAAACUGGCCCUUAAUAAAUAGUUGUAUAAUCUAACUAGUUUAAUCAGUUACA